CAUCAUUCUGUCUGGCUCCGUCAAACUCAAGGAUUCACAAAAUUGUCCUUACGCACAUAUUGAUCGAGAUCAUACAAUGUGUGCGUACGCUCCCCUCAUGUGUACUGGACGGAAAAUGUUGCGUAGUGGUGGACUAAACUGUCUUGAAAAGGAAAUUAUUCUUGAAGAGCAUAAUAUGGUUAGACAGCUUCUAGCGAAUGGAAAGGUGCACAGUCAACCUGCCGCUCUUAAUAUGCGCGUUAUGAUUUGGGACGAUGAACUUGCACAGGUAGCUCAACGUUGGGCUGAUCAGUGUAUGCCAGGUCAUGACCAUAGCAGAAAUGUAGAUAGAUAUGCUGUUGGUCAGAAUGUCGCGACAACUUGGAAUUUCGACCAAGAAUCGCUGACAAAGGACAGUCCAGAGUUUAAACGACACAUAAGAGCAUGGUUUGACGAGGUUGUAAAAUUUGGCUUCAAGACAAGAAGUAUAAAUCCGUUCCAGUUUCGGAUGGAAACAGGUCAUUAUACACAGCUAGCCUGGGCUGAAUCCUACAUGGUGGGGUGUGGAUAUUCUUAUUAUAAGGACACUAAGCGAGGGUUUAGCAAGUUGUAUGUGUGUAACUAUGGACCUGGAGGAAACCUUGUUGGUAAACCUAUGUACAAGGUCGGGUUUCCAGGUAUGGUUUCCUGUUCUGAGGAGGACUCGGAGAAUAUGAAACCGUCCUCAAGAUAUGUAGGACUAUGUGAGGUGAAUGGAGCUAGAUAUGUGGAGCAUAUGUGUCAGGAUAUUAAAGCUCCAUCCUUGGUGGAGACACCUCCAUUCUUACAUCUUCCCACCCCUCGGCCAGAGCAAUCAAUCUUUCAAGAGAUGAUGGGAAACAAUGCAAUCAGCGAUUUAGCAAUGACUUCUUCCAACUUCCUGAUGAAUGGUGUAAAGACGACAAUGCACUUUGCGGAUAUGGGAGUAAAGACGACAAUGCACUUCGCGGAUAUGGGUGUAAAGACGACAAUGCACUUCGCGGAUAUGGGUGUAAAGACGACAAUUGACUUGGCUAAUCUUCUAAAUCCACUUCUAUGGGGAUAAAGAACUUGAAGAAAAACUUAAAAACAUUGAGAACGCGGAAACUGAGGAAUAGGAGAUCACAAUUUAGCAAUAAUAAAGUGUAUUUGAUGUUGUUACAAAGCAUAUAGUUUUCUAAUGUUUUAUCCAAUCACUUAUUAACUAAAAUGGGCUUCUUUACUAAAUGUUUCCUUGCUGAUUGUUUCCUUACUAAAUGCUCCUUACUAAACAUUUCCUUACUGAACGUUUCCUCUCUAACUGUUCCUUAAUAAAUGUUUCCUUUUUGAACGGUUCCUUAAUAAAUGCA